UCCGGACGCAUCAGUAACGCUCGAAAGUUCUGUGAAUCCGUUGUGAAGUCACUAGCAGAAGAAUAAAAUAGUCAAAAUGAAAUUCGUUGUGGUGUUCUUACUUGUCGGUUUGAUCUGUGCAGUGUACGCCCAGGAUGCUGCCAAGGAUGCCGCAAAGGGUGCCAAGGAUGCGGCGGAUAAGGCUAAGGCCGAUCUACCCGAUGCGUCUAAAGCAGGAAAGGAUUCCGCCACAACCCCCGAUCCGAAAGACGCUUCCAAGAAGGUCGAGGAUGCUUCCGGUAAAGCCAAGGAUGCUGCGGCAAAGGCCAAGGAUGAACUGGCCGGAGCGGGAAAGAAACUGCAAGACAGCUUCAAAUUGUGAUUGAUUUAAGAAACGAUAAAACGAAAUAAAAUUAAGUUCCAUUGUGAAA